AUGAAAUUUAGAGAACUAACGACAUGGUCAUAUCAACAUUCAACAUCGAUUGAAUCAACACGUAUUUUUUCGGAUUCUUUAAUUGUCGAUGAUUUCUUUAUUACAUCGAAUAAAUUCAAUUCAAAUAUGAUUUUUGUACUUGCUAUUAUAAAUAAUCGUCGAAUAGAGAUUUAUUUAUGUCAAUCACUUCAUCAUGAACCGAUUUUCUGUGAUCAAUUUGACUCAUCGAUUCGAGUUCAUUCAAUAAGGAAUAGCGAUUUUCUCAUCUUGACUAAUAAUGGUUCAUUAUGUUCGAUUGUUCAACAGUCAAAUUCUGAUCAAAUCAUCGAAUUCAAACGGACAAACGAUGUACAAUUGAAAAUGUCAUGUUCAAUGAUGCUCAGCACAAUUGUUACAUUGGAUUCAAGAGAACAUCUUGUUGUAUUUGCGGAUAGUUUACAAACAAUAGUUCUCUGGUUCGAUAGACAUUUAUUAAUUUAUAUCGAUAUUAAUGAAAAACAAUAUUUCUCAUCAACAUAUGUGAAAUCUAUUUCCACUGAACAAAAUCAAGAUUUGAUUCUGUUACAUUUUGAUAAUAGAUCUCUUGUAUUAUGUCAAAUCAAAUUGGAUAAAUCCAAGAAAAAUGGAUCAGUCAAUGUAAUUCCAUUGGAUCCAGUCGAUCUAUUUUGUAUGAAACAGAAUUGUUUAGCAACAGUGAAUAAAGAACAAAAUCAAAUCAAUUUACAUAAUAUUCAUUCACAAGUAUCCUACAAAUCGAUUGAAUUAGAAAAUGAAUGUGAACAGAUAUGUUUACACAAAUCAGUCAUGUAUAUUUUUAUUCUAAUCAAACCUCGUAUUUUAUACAUGUAUCGUAUUGAUGAUGGUCGACAAAUGGCUAAAUUAUUCCUCUAUGAUUUUGUUUCAUCGAUGAAAAUCAACGAUGAUUUUAUUGUUUUAGCUAUGAAUGAUCGACGUUUAUUGACAUUAAUGAUUGCCGAUCCAAAUGAUCCGAAUAUACAAGAAAAAAUUCAAGCGUUACCUAGCAGAAAUGAACGACGAGAAGUUCAAUCAGCAACAAUCAAACUCAUACAACAUAUCGAGAAAUGUGCUGAUAUGACUUUGAACGAUGAUGAUGCUACUACUGACAGCAAUGAUAGUAAUCAAACGGAUGACGAUGAUGAUGCUAGAAACGCAAGAAAUACACGUCGCUAUAGUGUUUUUUGUUAUGUUAAAAAUCUUCAUGAACGAUAUUAUCCAGAAAUAAUGGAUGAUGUUACAAAUAGGGAUACGGAAUUUAUGGCAAAAUCUUCGAACAACCAAGAGUUUACUGAUAAGAAACCGUUUGAUCAUGAUUCGAAUAUAGAAGAUCGUCAUAAUGAUAGCAACAUUGAAUGUACUGAUUUACCUUUGACAACAGUCGAGCAACAACAGACUGACAGUGAUCUGGAUGAUAUCCGUCAAAAAAUGCUCGAAUAUGAACAAGAACAAUUGAAAGGUGUUCAAUUGGCCAAUGCAGGCAAAGAAAAUUUAAAAAUUAUCAAUAGUUAUUCAGUUACUGCGACAACGUGUAAUCUUCUUUGA